CACCCUUUCUUUUCAAUUAUUUUGGUUGGAUUCUAAAGCGCACACACACUCGCGAUCAAAUUUCCCGAAAAUUGAAUCAAAAUUUCUCCUUCGCCACAUCUCUGACCAGAAAAUAUAAAGGGGGAAGAAUGGGAAGCAAUGCUCCUAAUAGCAGUGAUAGAACAAGAACAAAUUGGACGCCGGCAAUGGAGCGAUUUUUCAUUGAUCUUAUGUUAGAUCAAAUGCAUAGGGGCAAUAGAUUAGGUCAUACAUUUAAUAAACAAGCUUGGACUGAUAUGUUAUCUAUCUUCAAUGCAAAAUUUGGGUGUAAAUACGAUAGAGACACUUUGAAAAGUCAUUAUACCAAUCUGUGGAAGCAGUAUAAUGAUGUGAAGAACCUUCUUGAACAAAACGGGUUCAGUUGGGAUGAUACAAGGAAAUUGGUAGUUGCCCCUCCUCAUGUUUGGAAUGCAUAUAUCAAGGGUCAGCCGGAUGCACAGGUGUAUAGGAAUAGAACUUUGGUGAAUUUCAGUGACUUAUGCUUGAUAUAUGCAUACACACAGGCGGAUGGAAGAUAUAGUAGGUCAAGUCAUGAUAUUGACUUUGAUGAUGAUGCUCAAGGGGUGAAUUUCGGUGUUGGAAGUUCCAUUCCUGCAGCAAGUGACGAGAACCCAAAUAUAGAAUGGACACCAGCCAUGGAUCAAUACUUCAUUGAGCUUAUGCUGGAAAAUCUUAGAAAGGGCAACAAAAGUAAGAACACAUUCGGCAAACAAGCAUGGAAUGAUAUGCUUGGUUCAUUCAAUGCCAAGUUCUGUUUUCAGUUCGCAAAAAGCUUUUUAAGGUGUAGAUAUAGGAAACUGUUGAAGUUCUACAGUGAUGUUCAUAGUCUACUACUACAAAAAGGGUUUUCUUGGGAUGAUAAACAAAAAAUGAUGGUUGCUGAUGAUCUUGUUUGGGAUAACUAUAUCAAGGCACAUCCAGAUGUUCGUACCUUCAGAAACAAGAAGAUACCGAACUACCAAGAUUUGAGGUUGAUUUAUGAAAAUGCAAGCAAUAGUGUAGUUUCUAGUCAUAUACGCCAAGGAAGAUGUACUGGGCCUAAAAUGUUACCAACUUGGAUUGGUGAAGAAAACAAAGGCCAUCUCAAUGAUAGAGAUGAGAUGUUAAGUACACAUUGGACACCAGCUAUGAAUUGCCAUCUUAUUGACUUGAUGCUUAACCAAGCACUUGGGGGGAAUAAAAUUGGUCAUGUUUUCAUACCUGAGGCGUGGAAACAAAUUGUUGCAAUGUUCAGUAUAAAGUUUGGAUAUCACUAUGAUGAAGAGGCUUUGAAGUCCCAGGCCAGACACUUGAGGGGGCAAUAUAAUAGUAUAAGGAUACUACUCGAACAGAAUGGAUUCUCAUGGGAUGACGCACGAGAAAAGGUCAUUGCUGCGGAUUAUGUUUGGGAUGCUUACAUGCAGGCACAUCCCAAUACUCAAUCAUACAGAAACAAAAUAUUGCCCGACUAUCACAAGCUAUGUGUUAUAUUUGGUCAAGAAACUUCUAAUCAGAGGUGCAGUACGGCCCAAAGGGUGUGUCUUGAAAAUGAGGACCCAGAUUUGGGGAUUGGAAAUGACCCUCAAUUCCAUGCCAGUAAUGGUUGUUCAAGGAUAAAUUGGACUCCUCCGAUGGAAAGACAUCUUAUUGACCUUUUGUUAGAGCAAGUGCAUAGGAGCGGUAGGAUGAAUGGUGAUUUAGAUACUGAAGUAUGGAUGGAUAUGUCUCUGUCAUUUAUGGAAAGUUUUGGAUUACAACUUGACGAGGAACUUUUGAAGGAUCAUCAUAAAAGCCUUGGCAAACAAUAUCGUGAUAUGAGGACUCUUCUUGAUCAGAGAGUGUUUUCUUGGGAUGAAACACGGCAGAUGGUUACAGCCUGUGAUGAUGUUUGGGAGACUUAUAUCAGGGAAUACCCAGACGUUGACUCGUACAGGAACAAAUGCAAGCCUAAUUAUAAUGAUUUAUGCUUGAUCUAUGGAACUUCAACUGAUAGGAAUGGCAGACGAUCAGGUCAAGAUGCUAGCUGCAAUGGACAUGGAACCAUACUGAAAAAUGGCUACUACGGGAGAACCAAUUGGAUACCGUCUAUGGAUCGAUAUUUCAUUGAUCUAAUGCUAGAGCAUGUUCGUCAAGGGAGUAUGAUCAAUAAAAAAUUUAGCAAGCUUGCAUGGGUUGACAUGGUUGCAAAAUUUAGGGCAGAAUUUGGGCAUCAAUAUGACAAAGAUCUCCUGAAAAGUCGUUUUAUGAACUUGAGGAAACGAUUCAAUGAUAUGAAAAAUCUACUCGACCAUGAUGGAUUUUCUUGGGAUGAGAUGCGACAGAUGAUAAUUGCUGAUGAAAAUAUCUGGGCUAUUUAUCUAAAGGAACACCCUGAUUCACGAUCAUACCGCAACAGAACCCUUCCUAGUUAUAAUGAUUUGUUCUUGAUUUAUGGAAAUGCAAAUAUAAUUGGGUGGCAUUUGGAGGCAGAAAAUUGUGCUGGUGAAGAGGUGGAUGAAUCCAGUAGCAAUCCGACGAGGGUGCAUGGAAUCGGUAGUGUGGAUAUAAGAUCAGAGAUUGACAAUGAUGCUCUUGAUAUGGGGUUCAAUGAUAUAUUCGACGAUCUGCAAUCUCUGGCUGCAGAGUUUGAGAUACCCGAUCAAAGGAAAAAGCGGAGAACUGAUACUUCAUCAACUCCAGCCUCAAGAAAAGCCUCAAGAACCGAUCAAGGAAGACUGCAUCCAGUUGAUGAGAGUCCGGUUAAUGCCAACACCAGUUUUAGUGAUGAAGAUCGAUAUGAUAGCUCAAUUGAAAGCAUAGUUGAUGCUCUUCAGGCCAUACCAGGCAUGGAUGAUGUGCUCUUCUUAGACGCUAGCAAACUUCUUGAUGACGAGAAAAAGGCCCGGAUGUUUGUGGCUAUGGAUGUCGAUCAACGGAGGAAGUGGUUAUUAAGAAAGCUCCGACGAUAGCAUCGGUAUAGCGCUUUCUUAGCAUGUAAAUUAUGUUUCACUUUCACGUCACCUGUUAAUGUCCUUUGAGCCGUAUGUGAACUAUUUGCAUUCAAUAGAUGCGUGUUUAUAUUCAUUAGUGGAAUUCCACAA